AUGGGACCAGGAAAUCAAACAAAUGCUUUAGAAUUUUUACUCCUGGGAUUUUCCCAAGACUCAGAGCAUCAACUGAUGCUAUUUGGAUUGUUCCUAUCCAUGUUUAUAGUCACCAUGCUUGGGAACUUGUUCAUCAUCUUAGCCAUUGUCUCUGAUUCCCAUCUUCAUACACCCAUGUACUUCUUUCUCUUCAACCUGUCCUUUGCUGACAUUGGUUUCAUCUCUACAACCAUCCCAAAGAUGCUGGUGAACAUCCAGACACAGAGCAAAUCCAUCAGCUAUGCAGGCUGCAUCACCCAGAUGUACUUUUUUAUGGUUUUUGGAGGCAUGGAUACGUUCCUUCUCACUGUGAUGGCUUAUGACCGGUUUGUGGCCAUCUGUCACCCCCUACACUAUCCAGUCAUCAUGAACUCCCAUCUGUGUGGCCUGCUGGUUGUUACAUCCUGGUUUAUCAGCCUGUCAUAUUCUCUGAUCCAGAGUCUGUUGAUGCUGCGUCUGUCCUUCUGUACCAGUUGGGAAAUUCAACACUUUUACUGUGAACUUGCUCAGGCCCUCACACUAGCCUGUUCAGACACACUGGUCAAUCACAUAGUACUCUACAUAGUGACUGGCCUUCUUGGUUUUGUUCCCUUUUCAGGGAUCCUCUUCUCCUAUACCCAGAUUGUCUCUUCCAUCCUGAGAAUCCCAUCAACAUAUGGAAAAUAUAAAGCUUUUUCUACCUGUGGGUCUCAUCUAUCUGUGGUUUCUUUAUUCUAUGGGACAGGUCUUGGUGUGUACCUCAGUUCUGAUGCAUCAUCAUCUUCCUGGAAGGGCAUGGUGACCUCAGUAAUAUAUACUGUGGUCACCCCCAUGCUGAACCCCUUCAUCUACAGCUUGAGGAACACAGACAUUAAGAGUGCCCUGAAGAAACUUCUUGGCAGAACAUUCUAUGUGCAGUGA